UGACGGACUAAAACCUGACGUUUAAUGCAAUAACAGCUAUACGGAAAGUUUACCGUCUGCUUGCUGUCUUUACCGCGGAAAUUAUUAUCGACUUAGUAAUGAGCAAAACAUUGCCUACAGACCAUAUAGAAUCAAAGAUGGAUGCAGCAGAUUCGAUCAGUGGAACCUCUGUGUCUCCUGAAGUUCUCGUGGUUGAAGAUAUCAGUCAUUACAGUAUUGCGCUGAGCUGGAGAACGUUGCAGGAGGAACGCAGCAGCUGCCCUAUUGACAAAUGGACUCGCUUUGCUGUGGAUCAGAUGAAUCCCAAAACCGACACUUACAAAACCAUAUAUGUAGGAUUCAGCACUGAAUAUAUUGUGGAGGAUUUAAAGCCAUGCACAACAUAUCAGUUCAGACUGAGGAUCUGUAAAGCAAAUGGAGAGUGCCUUAUCACUCCAACUGUUUCUGCCUUCACUUGUCGGGAACCCCGGUAUGGCAAAGACCUUCACCAAGCUGUGAACAGGAAUGAUGAAGAGGGACUCCUCAGAGUGUUGAAGGCUGGGACUGUGGAUGUCAAUGUUUGUGAGAAACUAGGACUUACACCACUCAUGGUGGCUGCGCAGAAAGGAUUUACCAGGAUGGUCCAUGUAUUAGUAGAACACGGGGCUGAUAUUCACAUUAAGAAUAGCAGUGGUAAAGACGCUCUGAUGCUGGCUUGUUUUGCUGGGCAUUUGGAUAUUGUGAUGCAAUUGCGCCAGUUGGGGGCUACAUGGCAGUCUCAAGACAUAGCUGGCUGCUCUCCUCUCCACUGGGCUGUAGAUGGGGGUCACCUUCCUGUUGUCACCUACAUGAUUCAGAAUGGCUGUGAAGUAGAUGUGCGGGACAAUGUGUGGUGGACUCCGCUGAUGAGAGUGUCAGCAGUGACCGGAAACUCCGCCAUGGCACAACUUCUUAUCGAAGCUGGAGCUGACAUCAAUGCCCGAGACAAGGAUGGAAAGACAUCGCUCAUGAUAGCUGUGUUGAACAAUUAUGAGCAGCUGGUGAAGCUCCUGCUAGAUAGUGGUGCUGACCGACAUGUGACAAAUGAGUUUGGAUCAAGUGUAACCGAAAUGGCCAAAGCUUUGGCAAAGCAGAACAUCAUUGACUUGUUGGAGGAAAACAAGUACCUGAGUGACCAUGCUGAGCACCUGGUGUGAGGCGCAGCACCGAGAAGAUAGCACAGAUCCUGUCUUGCUCUAAGGAGUUCCACAGGGGUGUGCAGUGAGUCCAA